AUGGGCUGUUGUGGAUCACAAGUACCUCUCGAUAUUGUCUCAGACGACGAAAGAAUUAUUUUUCAGAAGCAGUUGGAAAUGGGCCUUCACAAAUAUAAAGCUACAAGCCUCAUAAGCACUUUUUCUUCAAAAGAAAUCCAAAAUCAUAUCACGAUAAGAGGAUUCAUAGAAGCUCUGGCUUCUCUGAAAAUAAAUUCAGCUUUUCUUUCUUACCCUAGCAACCCUAUCAACUGCUUUUAUAGGUCAAUUGGAAACAGUGAAUUAAUAGAAGCAAAAAAGCUGAAAAUUGCAUGUGCUUUAUUAGGACAAGGCACAGAUGAUGAGAAACUGGCCCAGCUGUAUAAAAUUUAUGUGGCUGACGAGAAAAUGAAAGUAACCCCUGCUCCACUUCCUAUGAUGGAAAAUGCUAAAUUUGAAAAAAUGAUAAGAGAUCUGUUUGCAGUUGCUAUUAAGCUUAUAUGGGUAGCUCAAGGAAAUGAUGAAGAGUCUAUGAGUAUAAAUAGGUUAAGGGCUUAUGAAACGAAAUUAGUAGGCGGGAUAGUUUCUUCGAUCAUUUUGACAAAAACCGCUAUAUAAUAUUAAAUUCAAUGCUUGCUUAUAUUAAAAAUUAUUGGAAAUUAGACAGAUUAGCCUAUUAUAGGAUAUAUUGAAUAUUGAGAAUGGAAUAGCCUUAGAAGACAUAAAGGUAAAAAGUGGUAAAUUGCCUGGAGGCAUAAAAUCACUAGUUCAUCCUUAUCAUAUCCGCCAAUUUAUUUUAAAACAAUACAGGGCAAUUGACUUAAAAAGUGCAGCCCAAAUAUUUCAGUCAAAAAUUAAGUCAGUCUUUGACAAAACUGAUGAAGAAGAAAUUAAGCCAGUCGUCGCAGACACCACCAUACUUUUUGGAGCAGAAAUGCUUACAGCCAGCGUAGAAGAACUAGACAAGCCUUUCUCUUGUCACAGAGGCCACACACUGAAAUGGUACAACGAUGCCCCAUUUUACUAUCAAGAAGCCUACAAGACCUGGCUAAUAUCUUGCGAUGCCUGCAAAAAAGGAUUUUCGUCUGGCUGCUGGCAAUGUAGGGACUGUGAGUAUGAUAUAUGUGAAGAAUGCGGACUAAGCAAAAAAAUGAUCCCUCCUAAGCUAAAAUGUGGAGAAAAUAAAGAAUUAAUGUGGAGAUGUGACGUCAACCAAUUCUACGCAGCUAAUUAUAAUGCGUUUUCAUAUACAUGCAACCAGUGUCAUGAAAUAGGAGAAGACGCUCAUUGGCACUGCAGGUCUUGCUUGUUUGAUGUUUGCAGGAAAUGUGGAGAAAAAAGUGGGUAUAAGUUUCCUAAGUCGGCUUUCACGUGCAAAAAAAAUCAUCCACUGACACUAGAGAGUAAUAUUGUUGACUUGUAUAUGAGCAAAUUUGGAGGCAAACCACUAUGUGAUGAAUUGUAAGAGGUUCUUUUGUUAAAAAAAUUAUCUGGCAGAUAUUUCUUUGGUAUUAUUUGGUCGAUUUUCCCUUUUACUCCUCCUGUAUUCUUAAUUGAGUAGCAUGUAUCACUUGACCAAAGUGGGCGAAGAUAAAGAAUUAUAUUUUUUUUAUUAAUUAUUAAAAAAAUUUCUGCACCAGAAAAUUUAUAUAAAAAAUUACAAAAUAAUGAUAAUUCCAUAAACUAUAAAUUUGUUUUAACUCCCCCCCCCCCCUCCGUGAGCGAACAAAAAAAUUUUGUUCGCUCACGGAGGGGGGUUAAUUUUUUUUUUUAAAAAAAAUUUAUAUAUAUAAUUUUAUAAAAAAUAUUUUUUUCGAAAUUUAAAAAAAUCCUAAUUUGCAAAAAUUGGGAAGCAAAUAUUAAUUUAAUUUGCAAAAUUUAUGUUUUAAAACGCAAUUUGUUUAAAAUUAAACAGAAUUAGCUCUAGAUUUCAUUAUACUAAUUAUCACUUAUAUAUCAAAAUUUUUUUCCAUUAAAAUUUUUUCUAUUAAAAAAAUUUUUGUUCACUCACGGAGGGUGGGUUUUUGGUCAAAAAAUGCCGAUUUUUCUAAUGGUUUUGUUCGCUCACGGACGGGGGGGGGGGGAGUAAGAGCAAUUAAACUAUCACAUUUCUAAUAUUCAUUAUUAAAAAGAAAAAUAAAUAGAUUUGAGGUGCUCUAGGGAUGCAGGCUUCAUGCUUGUCAAUAUGAAAAUUGUUCUAUAAAUGAUGAGGUAGUUGAAAAUUUACUUGAUUAAAAAUGGUUUUGCAAAAAAUUAUGAAGAAAAUUUGACCAAGCUAAGUUAAAGUAAAUUAAAAUUAUAAGGUCAUAUGCAGAUAAACCUAUUGUCUGGCUAUCUGGUCUAAACCCACUUAACCUAAGGAUUCCCUAGGUUAGAGCCGCCUCUUUGGGAUGCCCCGCGAGUCCUGAUAAGCAAAGACUAAGCGGGAGGCAAAAUCUGUCGACCCAAUCUAGCAGGGACAGGGAAACCUUCAGGGGAAAGUGAAACUUCCCUUUUCCCAAAUCUUAAGGCCUACUUCAAAAAGUGACAGAGACACUGUUUUCAGCUUUAUCAGGACAGUCUUACCUGAUACAUAGAGAGUGAGUCUUGGAGUCCAUCUUCCGUCGACUAACCAUUUUAUUUCUAAAUUCGACCAAGGAAUGUCAUUCCAAGAAAUGCCGCCGUGAUGAAUGUAGAGCAGCAAUAAAAUCUUCAAGUCAGCAUUGUCAAGAAUGUUUCUAUGAUCUAUGUGAAGCUUGCUCUAUAUUUUACAAUCAGCCUAUCGGCCCACAUCCAGCGUUCGUUUGUACAGAAGAUCAUGUUCUUCAUUACUUUGACAGUCCAUCAUAUUAUGAAUCAGUAGGCCUUCCUAAAUCUUUUCGCUGUAAUGGCUGCAGCCAGGUAAAAGAAGAAGAAUGCUUUCAUUGCAACAAAUGCAACUUUGACUUAUGUAAUGACUGUGCUGAUAGCUUAGCUACAUAUUUUUCUUCUCCUUCUUUUAAUAGAACUUGCAAGGAGGGUCAUUUAUUGGAAUGGAAUAAUAAAGUUUGCAAAAAUUACCAAGGAGGAUUAUAUGUCUGCAAAAAAUGCAACGAACAGUUUUCUGGGGUUGGCUCUUUGAGUUGCGCUCAGUGUUCUUAUGAUAUCUGCAUCAAAGACAUCAAUAAGGAUUAG